ACUACACUUUUAGACGAGUUCUCGGAUUUUCUUUCCAUAACUGGGGACCAAAUUGUUUCUUCUAGAACCAGUUAGAUUCAUUUCACAUUUAGAAAGGUUUGGACCUAAAUGCCAAUAACGACUUAUUCAUUCUAGGAACUAACUUGGCACCUCUGUAGUGACGCAGAUAAUCCCAUGGAUCAUCAAGUUCCUUUCGUCCCUUCUGUAGAGGUUUUAGUGGAGGCUUUGAUUGUCAUUUCAUCGGCAGCAGUUACUGGACCUCCAAGUUCAUGGAUUGUUCGAGCCAUAUUCUGCUCGCAUCAUCCCAGCGUAGUCAUUCGACAUUGGUUAAUUAGAAAAAGAGAAGAUGUUUGGAAGAGAUUGCAAAAGUGUCUCAAAAUUUGUGGUUUUGAUGUUACUACUUUUUUGUCUACCAACGCGGAAAGUGUUUGCAAGAGUCUAUUUGGACCAAUGGGUCUAAUGAGUCCUAAAACUUCGGAGCAGCAAGAGGCAGUAUAUUCCUUGUCCACCAUGAUGUCUCUGGCACCAGAAGAUACAUUUACAGUGUUUAAGACGGCUACUUUUUUGGAUCCAUUGCUGCGAUCACCUAUUGUAAGUGCUGCAGCCUUUGAAAACUUGGUGAAGCUUGCAAGGUGUACAGUUCAGCCACUGUGUAACUGGGCUCUAGAAAUUUCAACUUCUCUGCGCUUGACCUCGAGUGAUGAAGUUGAUGCUUCAUCUGAUUUUCGUCCAUCAGUUGACAAGGCUGGGAAAACAUAUGAGGGUCCUUUUGAGAGGAUUAUAACGGCGUAUCCGUAUCUUGUUCUAUAUCAUGUGCUAGGUGUUGUUCCCGCAUAUCAAGCAUCAGUUGGACCUGCACUAAAUGAAUUGUGUCUUAGAUUGCAAGCUGCUGAUGUCGCAAAUGCGCUCUACGGAGUUUAUUCAAAAGAUCUUCGUGUCAAAAUGGCCUACUUAAACGCUGUAAAGGGUAUUCCUGCUGUUUCCAAAUGCUCCCUUCCUCAGAAUGCCCGCUAUGGUCAUGAUUUGGGGACUGAUUAUUCAGGAAUCUUUAAAGCACUUUCUCAUAUAUAUCUCAAUGUCUGUUUAGCUGCAGCAGAACUACUGGCUGAUGCUCUUCAUGAAAGCCCGACAUCAAGCCAGCUAUCUCUUUCCACUUUAUUUUCUCUGUACAUCUGUGAUGCUACGUCUGGUGAGGAUGUCUUUGAUGCUGGUUGGAUAGGAAGGCAGGGAAUUGCCUUAGCACUGCAAUCUGCUGCUGAUGUAUUGACAACAAAGGACCUUCCUGCUGUUAUGACCUUUUUUAUAUUCUGCGCACUGGCUGAUCCCAACAAAGAUGUUCGUGGAAAGAUGAUCAAUGCUGGUAACAUGAUUAUUGAUAAGCAUGGCAAAGAAAACAGCUUCAUCAUAUCUCUUAUCAUGUUGGCAUCUGAUGAGGAGGAAUAUGACCUGGUUCAGGGUGUUGUUAUAUUCACCGGAGCACUUAGCAAGAUGCUGCUCCUUAGAAAUAAGGUUCAGUUACUAAACUUGGGUCUUGAAGAUAAAGCAUGGAGAACAAAGCAAAACAGUGUACAGCUCCUCGGUGCUAUGGCAUUUUGUGCUCCUCAGCAACUGUCUCAAUGCCUUCCUAGGGCUGUGCCAAAACUUACAGAGGUUUUGACUGAUACACAUCCAAAUGUCCAGUCAGCUGGGCAGGUCACUUCAGCAGAGCCAAAGGAUAUGUUUCCUUACAUAGGAUUGCUCCUUCCUGAGGUUAGAAAAGUAAACUGCAGUUCUUACCAAAAUAAUGAGUUCUCUCAGGUUCUUGUGGAUCCAAUUCCCGAGGUACGUUCUGUUGCAGCAAGGGCUGUUGGGUCACUUAUUAGAGGAAUGGGAGAGAAUAAUUUCCCAGAUCUUGUUCCGUGGCUGUUUGAAACUCUAAAAUCUGAUACAAGCAAUGUUGAAAGAUCUGGAGCUGCUCAGGGAUUAACUGCAUCUGGUAGAACGUUUUCUCCUUAUAUUUCAGGUUAUAGCAGCUCUUGGGACAGAUUACUUUUGAGAAUAUACUUACUGACCUCAUUCGUCAUUGUUCUCAUCAAAAAGCAUCGGUCCGAGAUGGAUACCUUCCGCUUUUCAAGUUCUUACCAUGAUCCUUGGGUGCUCAAUUCGAGAAGUCUUGCCCAUGAGAAUGAAUCUGUUCGUGAUGCAGCCCUGGGGGCUGGCCAUGUACUGGUCGAGCACCAUGCUACAACGUCUCUGCCUCUUCUUCUUCCAGUUGUGGAGGAUGGUAUUUUCAAUGAUAAUUGGCGUAUCCGUCAAAGUUCUGUUGAACUGCUUGGGGAUCUAUUGUUCAAGGAAGAUCACUUGGAGAGCUGGUUAGGAAGCUUGGUGAAAGGGUGCUUCCUCUUAUCAUUCUUAUCUAAAGGACUGAAAGACCCAGAUGUUGAAAAAAGACAAUCAACUGGAUUGCAAGCAAUGGAUGAGAUUACCUCAAAUGUUUUUCAGAAACUUGCUCAGCCUCUUGAAGAUAUUGCAAGAAAAUUUAAAUCGAAGGAGUUGUGUUCAGGACUCGCUCAUGGAGUUGUUUCACGCUACUAUAAGUCAGAGCCAGUUCCAGAUAAUGUAAAUAAUCCCGUCGAUCAUCAAGCUCCUUUCGUCCCUUCUGUAGAGGUGUUAGUGAAGGCUUUGGUUGUCAUUUCAUUGGCAGCAGUUGCUGGACCUUCAAGCUCAUGGAUUGUUCGUUCCAUAGUUUCCUCGCAUCGCCCCAGCAUAGUUGGUACUGGAAAAAGAGAUGCUGUUUGGAAGAUCUUUCAAACACCGGAGGGGAUGAUUUUAAAUGAACAAGCUAUCUAUGUUGCUCAGACGAUUGGUGCCAAGUACACAAACCAGGAGCCGGCUAGAGAAGCUGCAAAUUCGGGGAGAAGGGACACUGCAAAGUUGGCCAAGAAAGCUGGAAGAGGCACGGGAACUGAUGCUCAAAGAGGAGGCCUCAACACGCUAAAAUGUUCACAGGAGAUGCCCUUGAGGAGAUGGGUCUUGCUAAUCAUGUGUUUUGUAACAGCUAGUUACCUUUUUGAGAGAAUUAUACACAGUCAGUGGCUGAAUCAGCAGAUGAUAUAUGGCCAUGGUCAUGAUUUGGGGACUGAUUAUUCAGGAAUCUUUAAAGCACUUUCUCAUAUAAAUCUCAAUAUUAAUUGGUCUUUACACUUUAUUUCUCUGUACAUCCGUGAUGCGACGUCUGGCGAGGAUGUCUUUGAUGCUGGUUGGAUGGGAAGGCAAGGAAUUGCCUUAGCACUGCAAUCUGCUGCUGACGUAUUGACAACAAAGGACCAUCCUGCUGUUAUGACCUUUUUGAUAUCCCGCGCACUGGCUGAUCCCAACACAUAUGUUCGUGGAAAGAUGAUCAAUGCUGGUAUCAUGAUUAUUGAUAAGCAUGGCAAAGAAAACGCAUCUGAUGAAGAGGAAUAUGACCUGGUUCGUGAGGGUGUUGUUAUAUUCACUGGAUCACUAGCAAAGCACUUGGCAAAAGAUGAUCCUAAAGUCCAUAAUGUUGUGGAAAAUCUGUUGGAGGUGUUGAACACACCAUCAGACUCUGUGCAACGAGCAGUCUUAACAUGCCUUUCUCCACUUGUGCUAUCAAAGCAAGCAAAACUCAGGGCGGGAGAUAUAGAAAUCAUUAGAGGAAGAUUCCUUUGCCUCAUAGACUAUGGAGUCAGAGUCCAAGAAGGAUAUCUUAGGAUUCUGAAGUUUCUCACCUCAAGCAACGACUCAAUGAAAAUAAUGAGGAAAGAUGGAUACUGCGCGGCGCAAAUAGAACUCGAGGAACAUCGGCAGCAUGAGCAGCUGCUUAAGAGAGAAAAUGAAUUCCUAAAUGUUGGAAAUUAGAUACCAAGUUUUUCUAUUUUUCUGUUACGAAUUAUAUAAAGUAAAUUAGUAUCAAGUUUUCCACUUAUUUUGCAGUUCAGGUUCUGUGAAAUUGAUUAAAAUUUACUAUUAAAAUGAUUAAGUGAUC